AUGGCGGCUUGUGUCCUUUGCGCUUGUGUCCGCCGACUUCCCACGGCCUUCACGCCGCUGCCCAGGCUCCCCACGCUUGCUGCGGCCCGGCUGCUGAGCACUACCCUCUUCGCCGCGGAGACCCGGACGAGGCCGGGGGCUCCGCUGCCAGCCUUUGUGCUCGCGCAGGUUCCAGGCAGAGUUACACAGCCGUGCCGCCAGUAUAGCGACGCACCGCCUUUGACAUUGGAGGGAAUCAAGGACCGUGUUCUUUACGUCUUGAAACUCUAUGACAAGAUUGACCCAGAAAAGCUUUCAGUAAAUUCCCAUUUUAUGAAAGACCCGGGCUUAGACAGUUUGGACCAAGUGGAGAUUAUCAUGGCCAUGGAGGACGAAUUUGGGUUUGAAAUUCCUGAUAUAGAUGCGGAGAAGUUAAUGUGCCCACAAGAAAUUGUAGAUUACAUUGCAGAUAAGAAGGAUGUAUAUGAAUAA